UUGGCCAGGGCCGACCUGGAAGUAAAACAGCAAAUUACACUCAGCAUUUGUAUCACUGAACAGCUGACACUUUGAACUGAAAGCAUAGCUGCCUUCUUCUGUAAAAUUGUUCCUUUUUUUUGUAAUGCGGAUUCGGUGAUAUAGCCUACCUCGGAGUUUAGUUAAAUGGCGUCCGAAGACUUUAAAGUUGCCGAAGUUUUUUCUUACGAAAGCCUAGUGCACGCUGUUGCCGGGGCAAUGGGCGGCGUGACUGCAAUGACUGUAUUCUUCCCUCUCGACACUGCACGAUUACGGCUGCAAGUGGACGAAAAGAGAAAAUCCCGAUCGACUCCCGCUAUCCUGGCAGAGAUCAUAAAAGAGGAAGGACUCCUGGCUCCCUACAGAGGCUGGUUCCCCGUCAUCUGCAGCCUGUGCUGCUCCAACUUCGUCUACUUCUACUGCUUUCACAGCCUGAAGGCCGGCUGGCUCCAGGGACAAAGAGCCGCCAGCCCGGGAAGAGACCUCAUCACAGGCGUCAUAGCAGGAGUAGUGAAUGUCUUGGUGACGACCCCUCUCUGGGUGGUGAACACCAGGCUCAAACUCCAAGGGGCAAAAUUCCGCAAUACAGAUAUACGUCCUACUCACUACACCGGCAUUAUGGAUGCCUUUUCCCAGAUAGUGCAGGAUGAGGGUGUCGGGGCGCUGUGGAACGGAACCUUCCCCUCUUUACUGCUGGUCCUGAACCCCGCGGUGCAGUUCAUGAUCUACGAGGGCCUGAAGAGGCAGCUGAGGAGGGGCGUCCACAGAGAGUUGUCAUCUUCAGAAGUGUUUCUCAUUGGGGCUGUUGCCAAGGCGGUUGCAACUACUCUGACGUACCCUCUGCAAACGGUCCAGUCCAUUCUCAGGUUCGGCCAACACAGGCAACAGACAGAGCAGUCCAGGCUGAUGAACAGCUUGAGAAGUGUGAUGUACCUGCUGAUCAACAGAAUCAGAAAACACGGCAUGCUGGGCCUAUUUAAAGGCCUGGAAGCCAAACUCUUACAGACAGUCCUGACUGCAGCUCUCAUGUUUCUGCUCUACGAGAAGAUAGCCAGUUUCACCUUCAGGGUCAUGGGAGUGAGGAGACCUGUGUCCAGUCGUUGAUGCACACACACACACACACACACACUCACUCACUUAACCCUGUCUUGAAUGCGGGCCUUGCCACUCUCCUUUUUCUUUUUUUCUUUUCUUUUUUGUCUUAUUUAUUUAAAGUUUUAUAGAAUAACAAAAACAUGACAUGAAACAUGACCGCUUGGAUACUGGAUUGGUUAAUCAGGUGCUGAUUAGCUGGACAAGCUGCAGUUUGCUUUGCUACAUUCGUACAGUAUAUGUAUGUAUUAAUGUUUACAGCACUGAAAUGUCACAAAAACAUAUUACACUGAUGUUAUGUUAAAAAAAAAAAAACCUUAUUAACAUGCAAUUUUGUAUGUUGACUGUGAUUUUAUUAACAUGAAUAAAAUAUGGUGAUUCUUAAA